UAAUAUAAGCCUUGAAUCGGUCUUCGUCGUCGACUGUCGAGUGCUCUGGAUAAGAAGUGACAUGGAAACAUAAGAGAGCCAGCGACGGUGCGUGGAUAAUUCAAAAAAUAAUCAUGGCGGGAUCGGCCGGGGUACGCCUGCACCCGGCGACGCUGGAGCUGCUCCAGACGCUCCGCACGGGGUAUCCGAUUCUUCUGCUGGUCGUCUUCUUGCUGGCCUUUUUGACCAAUUCCGUCCUGGCGGCUCGAAGAACCGCCAGCACCCGCCAGGGCGCGGCUGCUCGGACGGGACCUGGGGGUAGACCGCUGCCGCGACGCUCGCGGAGCUCAAUGGCCGUCGUCAGGGAGGCUCAUCGAUUCUCGGAGGCGACCAAGCUCGGCUUCAAAUGGCUGUCGGUCGGCGUGCUGGUGACCUUUGUCGCCGAUGCGGUCAUCAACAUCCUGCACGUCAUGACCAGUCGCGCGGAGCACUGGUGGCGUGGCCAGGCUAUGGUGAUCUAUAUUGUCGGCUCCUUCUUUGUCUAUGCGGUCAUUCUCGUGUCAUUGCUCGACACCAACCCCUCGCCGACCUUUGCCCAAUUCGUCCCAUGGUUGCUGGCCCUACCCCUCGAACUGGCCAUCGACGGGGCUUCUGUCUCGCUCUACAUCUCGGCUCAUCAUGAGCCCACCGUGGGGGAUCCAGAAGGCGGCCGGCUUCGUACGGGCAUCACUCCCUGGGAGGUCAUGGAGGUCAUCUCCAACAGCGUACGCGCCCUGAUCCUCUUCAUCCUCGUCCUGCUCUACACCGUCAACACGCUGCCCCGAAGCAACCCGCUGCAGGCCUUGCCCAAGCAGGCCGCGCGAUACCAGUCGAACGGCCCCACGGAAUCGACCGGUCUGCUCGAUGGUCACCACCCCGAGACAACGGGCGAUCAUUCAGGGUACGGUAGUGCGGCGGCUCAGGGUCAAGCUGCGCCCAAACCCGCCGCUGAUCCAUGGGUCCGCCCGACUACCAUACCCUCCACUAGCUGGUGGGAAUACCUCAGCGGCUACUCGCUCUUCUUCCCCUAUCUGUGGCCAUCCAAGUCGCGCCGCUUGCAGAUCAUCGUGGUCAUCUGUUUUAUCUUGAUCGUCCUGCAGCGCAUCGUCAACGUCUUGGUACCCUACCAGGUCGGAGAGAUCACCAAUAUCCUCGCUGCAGAUGACGGCCAAGAGUUCCGUGUCCCUUGGACGGAGAUCUGUCUCUACAUCCUCUACCGCUGGCUGCAGGGGAAUCAGGGCCUCAUCGGCUCGCUCCGGUCCAGUCUGUGGAUCCCAGUGAGUCAAUACUCAUACAUGGAGCUCUCAACCGCCGCCUUCGAACAUGUUCACAGCCUGAGCCUGGAUUUCCACCUCGGUAAAAAGACCGGCGAAGUCCUCUCAGCCCUCAGCAAGGGCAGUUCCAUCAACACCUUCCUCGAGCAGGUCACCUUCCAGGUCGUGCCCAUGUUAGUCGAUCUGUGUGUCGCCAUUGGAUAUUUUCUCAUCUGGUUUGAUGCAUACUACGCCCUGGUGGUCACUAUUGUCACCUUUUGCUAUCUGUACGUCACAAUCCGCAUGGCGCAAUGGCGCGCCGAGAUCAGACGGCAAAUGGUGAACGCGUCGCGACAGGAAGACGCUGUGAAGAAUGAUUCCAUGGUGUCUUACGAAACGGUCAAGUACUUUAAUGCCGAACAAUACGAGUUUGGCAGAUACAGAGGAUCCGUGACCGACUUUCAAAGCGCAGAAUACCAUGUCCUGCUCUCGCUGACAUUGAUGAACACCUGUCAGAACACAGUAUUCAUGCUCGGCCUGUUGAUUACGUGCUUCAUCGCGGCGUACCAGGUCUCUAUCGGGCAGCGCCCCGUGGGCAAAUUCGUUUCGCUGCUGACGUACAUGGCCCAGCUGCAAGGCCCGUUGAACUUUUUCGGCACCUUCUACCGAUCGAUUCAAUCGGCGCUGAUCAACUCGGAGCGUAUGCUGGAGCUGUUCCGGGAGCAGCCCACGGUGGUGGACAGUCCGAGUGCGGCGCCUCUGGCGCACUGCAAGGGAGACAUUGUCUUCCAGAACGUCGAGUUCUCAUACGAUGCGCGCAAGCCGGCGCUGAACGGGCUGACCUUCCGCUGUGAGCCAGGCACGACGACCGCGCUGGUCGGCGAGUCUGGCGGCGGCAAAUCGACCGUCUUCCGGCUGCUAUUCCGGUUCUAUAAUGCGGAGCGGGGCAGCAUCUGCGUGGACGGGCAGAACGUGCAGGACGUGACGAUCGACUCGCUGCGGAAGCACAUUGGCGUUGUGCCACAGGACACGGUGCUUUUCAACGAGACUCUGAUGUACAAUCUGAAAUAUGCCAACCAGGAUGCCACGGAUGAGGAUGUGUACGAGGCGUGUCGAGCCGCCAGCAUCCACGACAAGAUCAUGACCUUCCCGGAUGGGUACCAGACAAAGGUCGGCGAGCGGGGUCUGCGGCUGAGCGGCGGUGAGAAGCAGCGGGUGGCGAUCGCGCGGACGAUCCUCAAAAACCCGCGGAUCAUCCUGCUGGACGAGGCGACCGCGGCGCUGGACACGGAGACCGAAGAGCACAUCCAGGAGGCGCUGGCGACGCUGUCGCGCGGGCGCACGAUGCUGGUGAUCGCACACCGCCUCAGCACCAUCACCACGGCGGACCGCAUCCUCGUCCUGCACGACGGGCAGGUCGCCGAGAACGGCACGCACGACCAGCUGCUCGCCAUGCGCGGGCGGUACGCCAGCAUGUGGCGCAAGCAGAUCCGCGCCCAGAAGGCCGCCGCCGAGGCCCAGGUGCUGCAAGACCGCGCCGACCGUCUUCGCAGCGCUUCCACCAGCGGGGGAACCGCCGACGACAGCUCCAGCCAGUCCGACGAGGACCAGCGCGGAGCCGCCGCCCCGUCGGCGACCGGUCGCCAACCGCAGCCGUCGGGAGACCCUGCACGACGUAUAUCCGGACAGUCGACAUAGUCUCUCUCUCUCUCUCUCUCUCUCUCUCU